AUGCUGAAGGCUGUAGAAAAGGGCUUCAGGAAGAUUCCUAUGGUCCAGGAGCUGCAGGUUGCCUGUCCUAGAAUUAAGCAGACAAAUGGAAGGUUAUAUUCGGAAAAGUGCAAGAUUGAUAGCUGCAGAAAACAGCAGCACCAGUUCAAAUACAGUGGGCCAACUCUGCCACUGGCAACAGGGACUAAUGAUAUGGACGAAAGCGGAAUCGGAGCGCUUUUCUUCGCCCCCUCUCUUGUCAAGCUGGGCGGCCUGAAAAUGGAGGAAACUCCGCAGGACGCCCUGGAGCCCCCGCCGCCGCCUCCUUUCUCUACCCCGCUGCUGGGGAGAGCCUCGGUGUGCGAAGGCUGCCGAGGCGUCAUCUCGGAGCGGUUCUUGCUGCGCCUGAACGACCGGCUGUGGCACGAGCGGUGCGUGCGCUGCGCCUCCUGCCGAGAACCUCUGGAGAGCAGCUGCUUCUACCGGGAGCAGAAGCUUUACUGCCGCCUGGACUACGAGAAGAUUUUUGCAGUGAAGUGCAACACUUGUUUGGAAGCAAUUACACCCAGUGAGUUUGUUAUGCGAGCUCAGAAAAGUGUAUACCAUGUAGGCUGCUUCUGCUGUUGUGUCUGUGAGAAACAGCUUCAGAAGGGAGAUGAAUUUGUCCUUAAGGAUGGCCAACUGCUGUGCAGGAAUGACUAUGAGAAGGAACGUGAAAGGCUCAGCAUUGGAAGUCCAGCCCCAUCAGAUUCUGGUAAAAGUGACGAUGAGGCCAGCUUCUGCAAAAUAGAAGAGACUGAGAAAGCAGCUGAGGAGAUCAGGGAUCAUAAACGGCCCAAGCGACCCCGGACAAUCCUAACCACACAGCAACGCCGAGCAUUUAAAGCAUCAUUUGAAGUAUCUUCUAAGCCAUGUAGGAAGGUAAGAGAAACAUUAGCAGCUGAGACAGGUCUUAGUGUCCGAGUUGUACAGGUCUGGUUCCAGAAUCAAAGAGCUAAGAUGAAGAAAUUAGCAAGGCGACAACAACAGCAACAGCAAGAUCAGCAAAACACACAAAGAUUCACUGCAACUCAGACAAGCAAUGGCAACAUCGCUAAUUUUGAAGGAAUCACGAAUUCAUAUACAACCUUGCAACCAGCCUCACAACAAAUGUUGGUUAUUGAUCAUAGUGCCUAUAAUUCAGACUCCUUCCAGCAAGGACUUACUCCCCCACAGAUGCCCGGGGACCACAUGCACCCUUAUGGUUCUGAGCCCAUUUUUUGUGAGAUGGAUAGUGAUGACACCUCCUUCAGCAACCAGAGCAACUGUUUCUUAGCAACUACAGAACCUGAUCCCUUACAAUCAAGAGUGGGCAAUCCCAUUGACAACCUGUACUCGAUGCAUAGCUCCUACUUUACAUCUUGA